AUGCCAAGGCCGAGCGAAAGGAACCCAGAGACGAAGAAAGGCUGGGCAGCAGUAGCAGUCCUGCGGCACAUACCACAUGCUCAGCUCGAUAAGGCGUCACUUUGCACUGGCAACAGAGAAGUGGUAGCCGUAAGGCUCAGUCACAAACGGAAGAGCAUGACUUUAGCCUCCGUCUAUAUAAGACCAGAAACGGCAACGGAAGAUGACAAGGAGGCAACGGCAUGGAUAGGCAAACUUGUCGGUCUAGCCGAAGGGGAUCCGAUUGUCAUAGCCGGGGACUUCAACGCUCGACACAAAGAUUGGGGGUACUCCAACAACACGAGAAAAGGCCGCCAAACUACACGCGCAAUGAAAACUGCGGGCCUUACACUUUGCAAUGAGCCGGGAACUAAGACAAGGAUUGGAAUGCACAGUAGGCAAAAGGACUCCACCCCGGACCUCUCCUGGGCCACUGCAAGCCUAGUGCUCGACUGGUCAACGUGGAGAGACAACCUUGACACUGAACACUUUCCGGUAGAAAUGAAAAUCCAUCACGGACAACGCAACAGAGGCAAAGAACAAAGAGCAGUAGUCAAAUGGGAUCUUUUUAGGGAACUGCUUGAGACAGAGGACAACCGAGACAUCGAGGAGUGCAUUCGGACGGCUCUGAGCGAAGCGAAGACCAAAGUUCUAGUAAAGCCUGGAGCCCCAACACCGGACAAUAACCUACUAAACCUCUGGGCCAGCCGUCUACAAGCACUGCAGCGGUACCGAAAGAACAGGACGCUGCAUCUAAAAAUCAAGCUCAAACGAGCAGCAGCGAAAGCGAGGCAGUACUCUAAAGAGCUCGGUCGCGAGGGGUGGAGGACCCAUUGCGGGUCCUUCAACGCACGAAACGGGCUGGGAAGAGCUUGGAGAACUUACAAUGGACUGAACGGAGCAAAGCGCAAGACAAGAAACGCUGCGCAGAACCUGGCCCUCAAGCUCAAUAUCAGCGAGUCAGAGAUGGCGAUCAGCGCUGGAGAAUUGUUCUUUUCCCAAGAAUGA